AUGGAAAGAGCUAUAUUCAUUGCAGACCUCCAGCAUGAGCCGGGAAAAUCCCCUACUCUUGCAUUCCAUAACAUUGAGAACUGCGCAGAGAUUUUGGGGUAUCACUAUCUCUCUGGGCUUGCGAAGGAACGCGAUGCCGGGGAUGACCAGACAUAUACCAAGGCAUCGGCCAAAGGGCACAAGCUUGCUGUCAAGGUCGCGGACAUUGUCAACGACCGUGGGACGGCCGCCUCGAUGAGAAUUACGGGCAGCGGUUUGGUGGGAGGGUCACCAUGCGAGGGACAUGCACGCCGCACCGAAGGCAUCACCUGGUUUGAGAAGACUCAAUUUCACUUCCAGGACCAGGAAGACAAUGCCGACACCUUUACAUCCACCCACUACCUGCAUUUCUCAAGCCCAGUGGCCCAGAUAGUCCCUGGGUUGCCAGCUGCGAAAGGUCAGGGCCACCCUUCCUUGCAAGACAUAACCGUCGUCUCCGGAAUGUGUCUCUUCUCUUCUAAGAUACUUCAAGCCAGCAUGCCACCGGGGCAAGCUUGCGAUGUCAGCAAGAUACAGCAUGCUGCGCCCACGCUUUACGAAAUUGAAUAUCUCGCCCGCGCUGCACCUGCAAUUGCCGACCUCACCAAACUCUUCUCUACUAAUAAUCGACACAAUGGCUCUCUGGAUAUUUGUGUGGACGUUCCUAGCUUUCACUAUUACCAAUCCAUGGAGAAGCGCCUAGGGGAGGGUUCCUGCACCUUUUCGGGGGCAUUGCAGUGGAUGACUGCCGUCAAGAUUCGCCAUCAGCAGAUGUCGCAAGUAUUUGGCCGUUACAUUGACUACGAACUGUCGCGUCGGCCAGGCACAAUGCCACAAUGCAGCAUUCAGGUGUCACCUUCCGGGAAUCUAGUAUGUGAUUUGAUCUGUCAAGCGCUGGCAGAUGGAGUCCUUCCUAGCUUGGAUCCCGUUUUGCGCACCUUGAAUGCCAAAGACUCCACCUGGUCGCGGUUCUACGACCUGGUGCCGGAGAAGGAGAAGCCCACAGACUUUUGCGCCCUCGGCUAUCUGUUCUACGUGUACCAGGUUAUGAGACCGGCUUUGGAGAACACGGCCACCACUCUGUGCAAAGAAUGCGGCCCACCCAACAAUCGAACGAGGCUACUUGUUAGCAUUGAUGAUGCGGUCGAGCGACGAAUUUACUCUCGCGCACAGAAGCUCCUGAAAAAGGGGCGAGCACUGCCUCAGAGUCCCGUUGCGUGUAAUCUGCUCGAGGUUUAUCUCAGCCGGCGAGUGUUCAUCAACCAGAACCAAGCCGGGUCGAAUCUCUAUCUCGAUGACCCAUCCCCCGAGGCUCCGGCACUGAAGCCGACCAAAGGCCUUAGAGCGAAUGGCGAACAUAAAUCUUGGGACGCACAGGAGUAUGCGGUCCCGCUGGAUCCAUUCGAUGUGGUUGGAGCGCUGUACGGAUCUCGCGCAGCGGAUGUGCUGGAAGACCUGUUUACGGAAGUAGGGCUGCGCUCGUAA